AUGAGCGAAAACGCAGCCAUCGAUUUCCACCACCCUUACCAACCGUACGACGUGCAACUGGAAUUCAUGCGCACAGUCUACAAUGUCCUCGAAAAGGGCAACGGCCAGGUCGGCAUCCUGGAGAGCCCAACGGGCACGGGCAAAUCCCUCUCCCUGAUCUGCGCCGCACUCACCUGGCUGCGCAACCAAAAGCGCUGUCGGUACGAGGCCUCCUUCGACACCACCGCUUCAGGCAUGGCCGGCGAGCCCCAGUGGAUGGUUGAGGCGGCGUUGCGGCGGAAACGGGAGGAGCUCGCGAGGCGGUGGGAGGAGAGGGAGCGAGCGCUGGACAGGGUGCGGAUGAGGGAGAAGGAGCUGGAGGCUAGGGGUGGUAGUAGUCGGGAAAGUCAAAGGGGCGCCAAUAAGAGGGUGAGGGUGGAUGAGGAGGGGAAGAGGUCAAGGUCGAAGGGGGAGGUGGAUGAGGAGAGGGAGUUUCUGGUGGACGACUGGGGUGCCGGGGAGGACGGGACGGAUGACGGGCUAGGUCCGUUGAGUAAGGAGACCAGGGCGCUGUUGGAGAAGGUCGGUCUUGGGGGCUCGCGGAGGAAGGAGGAAGUAGAUGGGGAAGUGGAGGAUGAAAUCAAGAUUUACUACACCUCUCGCACCCACUCGCAGUUGACGCAGUUCAUCUCGGAACUGCGGCGGCCGGCGUUUCCUCCAUCUAUUCCUGCCGACAUGGUCUCUUCCAAAGGAGGCGACGAGGAGAAGCCCGCAACAGAAGCGGUCAAACAGCUUCCUUUGUCAUCGAGACAGAAGCUGUGCAUUAACCCCUCGGUUGCGCGGCUAGGGUCGCUGUCUGCUAUCAAUGACCGAUGUACAGAGCUUCAGCAGUCAAAGGCCAAAGAGAAAUGCCCGUUCAUGCCAAACGCAGAGAACUUGAAGCAGACCCAUGAGUUCCGAGAUACAGCCCUGGCAACGCUGCCGGACAUAGAGGACCUGCACCGGAUAGGCAAGGAGCUACAGGUGUGUCCGUAUUACGCGUCGCGAACAGCUAUACCAGGGGCAGAGGUCAUCACGCUGCCUUACCCCUUGCUGCUACAGAAAAGUGCACGAGAUGCCCUGGGCAUCAAACUCGAAGGGAACGUUGUGGUGAUUGACGAAGCACACAACAUUAUGGACGCGGUUGCCAAUGUCCACGCAGCAGAGAUUCGUUUGAGCGAGCUUAGAAGAGCGAGGCAGAUGCUUGGAGUCUAUGUCAAAUGGUUCGGCAAAAGGCUGAAGGGCGAGAACCGGGUCAUGGUGGCCCAGGUUGGCAAGGUCAUCGAGUCCCUGAGUGAGUGUCUAAACGGACUGCUCGGUGCAAAGGGUGACCAAGGCAUUGUCGACUCAAGCAUCCUCCUGAAGGCCCGCGGAGCGGACCAAAUCAACCUGUACCAGCUGAUAAAGUACAUUCAAGAGUCUAAGCUGGCGUACAAGGUCGAGAGCUAUGUCAGCCACGCAGAAGAGCAAGAAUCCUCGUCCUCCGGUACGGUUGACAAACCUGCUCGGCCAACGCCGGUUCUUCAUACCCUUGUCUCGUUCAUGACUGCACUCACAAACCUCAGCAUCGAGGGCCGAAUUUUCCACGAGAAGCUGGCGGGCACCCCGCCGGACAUCAAACUGUCAUAUCUCCUACUGUCACCAACACACGCCUUCUCCUCCAUCGCCUUGGCAGCGAGGGCUAUCAUUCUCGCCGGCGGCACCAUGUCCCCGUUCGAAGACUACAAAAUGCAUCUCUUCCCUACCCUUCCGCCAGACAGGAUUACCACACUCAGCUGCGGGCACGUCAUCCCAUCGUCCAACCUCUUCGCUUGGACUCUUGCCUCGACAAAGCCGAUUCCACCAGACAAUAAUAAUGCCACCGCGACCGUCGACUCCUUCGAGUUCAGCUUCCAGAAACGGAGCGACCGCUCCAUGAUCCGGCAACUAGGCCUCGUCCUGCUCAACAUCUGCUCGGUGGUCCCCGACGGGGUGGUCGUUUUCUUUCCCAGCUACGGCUAUCUCGACGAGGUGGUCACCGCGUGGCAAACAGCCGACACGCCAGGGCAGCCAGCGCUGUGGGACCGGCUGGGCGCGAAGAAGGCCCUCUUCCGCGAGACAAAGAGCGGCGGUUCGACAAGCGAGGAGCUCCUGCAGCAGUACAGCGCUGCCAUCCUCUCUCCGCCUCCGCCUCCCCCGUCCCAAAGGUCCAACCGGGGCGGAGCCGUCCUCCUCAGCGUCGUCGGCGGCCGGCUGUCGGAGGGCAUCAACUUCUCGGACCGGCUCGGCCGCUGCGUCGUGGUGGUCGGCCUGCCCUACCCCAACAUCCACUCGCCGGACUGGAAGGCGCGCCUGGAAUAUAUCGAGUCGACGGUCAUGUCGCGCCUGCAACAACAAGAAGAACAAGAACAACAUCAAAAUAACAACAACAAUAACAACAGUGAUGAUAAUGACGCCCAAGCGCAAGCCAGCCCACAACAACAAGCGAAGCAGGCCGCCAGGGAGUUCUACGAGAACGCGUGCAUGCGUGCCGUCAACCAGAGUAUCGGUCGGGCGAUCCGGCACCGCGCCGACUAUGCGGCGGUGGUGCUGGUCGAUCGGCGGUUUGGCACGGAGCGCAUCCGGGGGAAGCUGCCGGGUUGGAUAACGGCGGGGAUGGUGGAGGGCGGGGAGCGGAAGGGGUUGCAGGGUUUGAUGGGGGGGUUGAGUUUGUUCUUUAAGGGGAAGGGGGCGUGA